CAUAGUGUGUCAGUGCAGGUGGCGAGUAGUGUGGUCUGGCGGUGUAUUAUUGUCACCAAAAUCCAACUUUUAAAAAGAAAUUCACGACUGCCAGCGGUAAGACGAGGCGGCGGCACCUCGACCUCCAUUUUCGGUCGACAUUCGCCCUCAAACAGUUUGGUUUUUGGCAGCUGGAGUCGGGCUAACAUCGAGACAGAUUGACACUUGGGGAUAUCGUUAUUAGCUAACAGUAGCUAACUUGUCCCUACACAUCAGCUGCCUCAGCGCUGUAUGUGCGGCAAUAACAUGUCAGCGCCUUUACCUGCCAUUGUGCCUGCUGCCCGGAAAGCCACUGCAGCGGUGAUAUUUCUGCAUGGCCUUGGAGAUACGGGACAUGGCUGGGCUGAAACUUUCGCAGGCAUCAGGAUACCACAUGUGAAAUACAUCUGUCCACACGCUCCUACCAUGCCUGUGUCUUUGAACAUGAGGAUGUCCAUGCCAUCUUGGUUUGAUAUCUAUGGGUUGAGCCCAGAUGCGAAUGAAGAUGAGAGCGGCAUUAAAAGAGCAUCAGAGAACAUUAAAGCUUUGAUAGACCAAGAAGUGAAGAACGGGAUACCUUCACACAGAAUUCUCCUGGGUGGAUUUUCACAGGGUGGAGCAUUGUCUCUUUACACGGCUUUGACAACUCAGCAGAAGCUAGCUGGAGUGGUCGCUCUGAGCUGCUGGCUCCCUCUCCGCAACUCCUUCCCUCAGGCGUCUGCCAACAGUGCUAACAAGGACAUGCAUGUCCUACAAUGCCACGGGGAUGCCGACCCCCUGGUCCCCUUUGUAUUUGGCAGCCAGACAGCAGAAAAGAUGAAAAGCCUCAUCAAUCCAGCCAACAUCACCUUCAAGUCGUAUCGGGGUCUACCUCACAGCGCCUGUCCCGAGGAAAUGGUGGAUGUCAAACGAUUCAUAGAGAAGCAGCUUCCUCCCAUCAGCGAUGAGUGAACUCAGGAGGAGCCGCACAGCAACAUCAAAGUCCUUUGGGCUCCAGUGAGACUUCGUGGACUCCAGGAAACACUGACUUACUUGACAAUAAAACCACGCUGCUGCUCAUAGAGCCAGACAGGACUGGGGCUCCGUAUUAACCCAGGAGAGGCAUAACAAGAAACAAUGCUGUACCCUGACCUCACACACAACCCCCAGUGUUAGAGUAACAUUAGUUGCUUGAUUGUAAAGCUAUUUGCCAUCGAGACAAGCCAUUUCCUGCAGGAAACGUAUGUAUUGGAAUAACUAGGGCUAUACUUUAUGGUUUAAUAUCUCACAAUAAAUGGCCUGUUGUUAAAUGCUCUUUUUUAUUAAUGGAUGUGUAGUAGUGCUAAAACAUUUAUUAGACUAUAAAUUCAUUUAAUUCAAGGCAUUUAUCUAGCAAAAAUGAGCAUUUGUCGCUUCUAGCUUCUUUGGGUGUUUGCUGAUUUUUCUCGUUUGAAUGAUUGUAAAUAUAUUUUCUGGUUUUGGAUGUGUUGUCGGACAAAGCAACCAACUUAAAGACAUCAAGCAGACUUACGUAACACCUGAUGGACAUUUUUCAGUUUUUUUGACGUCAUAGACUAAACAGUGAAUUGAAAAACUCAUUGACAGUUACAUCUGGGGUCGGCAGUUUAAUUUUGGCAUCACUGGUUGAACGUUUCAUAAUAGUUGAACAUAUUGUAAUUCAAAUGGGCUGAGAGAAAACAGGUCAUUUCACAGAGAGGGCAUUCUUAUUGGCUGUUUUAUGCAGAUGUGUGUGCACAUCUCUUUGGUAAAACCCUGAUUCAGUGGCAGAGAAUCCUGCAGAGAAAGUUGCAAUUCCAGCAUUGGCAACAACUGCCUACUUGGCAAAGCAACCCAAAAAAGGAAGGUGGACUUACCAAAAAGAGAGUCUGACAGCAAACACAAUAAAACAUGUCAGUAUCAGCGAAGUAUUUUAGAGAUGGAGAGAAAAUGGUACUAAUAAUUUAGCCGUCUGUUACCGGCAGCCGAAGGUUCAUGGCUGUGGCUUCAAAUUCAUGUGUAUGUAGCUAAUGUUAGCCAGAGCCUUAAAUCACAGUGUGCUCUCCGCUUCACUCCCCGCCACUACAGACCACCUUGUCAGAAGCAGCUCCAGAGACGGACCCCCGGUCAACGGCUGCAGCAAUCCAGUUUCAGCCAGCGCAAACCAUGGCUCUGGAGUCGCCGUUGGAUCUGUUAACUUUCUGUGGCUGCCGUGACACAGGUUGGACCUGGCACUGUGAGACGUGGUGCUUAGGGGGUUUGCGCUGGCUGAAUUCGAGCUGCUACAGCCACAAACUGAAGGUCUUUUUCCUGAGCUGCUGCUUGCUUUCCUCCGAGCAAAGCAGUCCACAGCGGCAGGGAGUGAGGCGGAGGGACUGCUGGAUGGCUCGCCAAGUCUUGUCUCAUGUGGUGAUAGGCUGAGCGUAUGUGUCGCAGGCAACUGUAUAGUGAAAUAAGGUUAAAUCAUUGUUAAGGAAACAUUUCAAUACUGGAUGAAGCGCCUGCAUGUGAAUGUAGUUGUCUGGUGGGAGGGGCUUAGGACAGAGGGGAAAGCUGCAGGAGGAGGGUGUAUUUCAAAUUCUGCCAUUUUGUUUUCUACCUACCCCAGCUUUAAUUCUAAUGGAAGUGAUUGCUUUUUGCAGCAAGU